AUCCGAUGUGAACAAAGAUGAGAUUUCAACUAGAAAGAAAUGUGACAAGUCACCCAACAAUAAAUUGUUUGGUAAAGGUGACAAAAACCAUACAGGCAAGCAAUGUGAGAAAGUAUGCCGUCAUAGCGCGUCCCAUACCAAGGGAGACAAAAUUCAUACCGGGGAGAAACUGAAAUCGCCCUGCCGUAGUCCAUCUAAACCCAACAAGGCUCCAGGCUCUGGGAAACCUUAUGAAUGUAAUCAAUGUGGGAAGGUCCUCACCCAUAAACAGGGGCUCCUUGACCAUCAAAGAACUCAUACCGGGGAGAAACCAUAUGAAUGUAACAAAUGCAGGGGAGCUGUCAGCCAAAAGUCCCACCUUGUCGUUCUUCAGAGAACUCACACCGGGGAAAAGCCAUACGAGUGUGUCCAGUGUGGCAAAGCCCACGGUCACAAACAUGCCCUCACUGACCACCUGAGAAUCCAUACCGGAGAAAAGCCCGACAAAUGUAACGAAUGUGGCAAAACCUUUAGGCACAGCUCAAACCUUAUGCAACACAUAAGAUCUCACACGGGCGAGAAGCCGUACGAGUGUAAGGAAUGUGGCAAAACCUUCAGAUAUAAUUCAUCUCUCACCGAACAUGUGGGAACACACAUGGGCGAAAUACCCUAUGAAUGUAAUGAAUGUGGCAAAGCUUUUAAGUAUGGCUCAUCCCUGACUAAACACAUGCGAAUUCAUACAGGCGAGAAGCCAUUUGAAUGUACUGAGUGUGGGAAGACUUUUAGCAAAAAGUCACACCUAGUUAUCCAUCAAAGAACUCACACAAAGGAGAAACCUUAUAAAUGUAAGGAGUGCGGCAAAGCCUUUGGACAUAGCUCAUCUCUUACCUACCAUCUGAGAACUCACACCGGGGAUUGCCCCUUAGAAUGUAAUCAAUGUGGUAAGGCCUUUAAGCAAAUUGAGGGUCUUACUCAACACCAGAGAGUUCAUACAGGAGAGAAACCCUAUGAGUGUGUAGAAUAUGGAAAAGCCUUAAGUCAGAAGUCACACCUCAUUGUACAUCAGAGAACUCAUACAGGGGAGAAGCCCUUUGAAUGUUAUGAGUGCGGAAAAGCCUUCAGUGCAAAAUCACAACUUGUUAUUCAUCAGAGAUCCCACACUGGAGAGAAACCCUAUGAGUGUGUUGAAUGUGGUAAAGCCUUCAAACAAAAUGCUUCUCUUACCAAACAUAUGAAAACUCACUCGGAAGAGCAAUCUCAGGAGGAAGAUUAAUGUGGGAACUCUGACAGCUGACUUGUUUGGUAUUGUUUAACCUUCAAGAUGGUCUCAGUUUGAUGAUGUUAGAGUCUUUUUUUAAGAGUAUGAAUCUUUACAUGAGAUCAUUAGAUGGUAAUAAAGUUUAAACUUCAUCCUAAACCUUUCCAGGAAAUACUGUGUUUUUACACUUGUUACAAAUUGUCUCCAUAUUUAGAUUAAAAUAGGAAACUCUUAAAAUUGUGAACAAGGAGAUGAGGAGAUAGCGUAAUCAGUAAAAGCUUGUUAAGCGGUAUAGAGAUCUGAAUCCCAUCCCUAGGACCCACGUCAAAAUCUAGAUGUGCUGCUGUG